ACGCGGAAGAUGGCCGCCUUUCCCUGGCAUUCAAGAUAUAGAAAUUACAAAGCUGAAUUUGAAUCAUGCAGGCUAGAGACUGUGCCACUGGACUUUGGGGAUUAUCAUCCGUUGAAACCCAUUACGGUCACCGAAUCAAAGACAAAGAAAGUGGGGAGGAAAGGAAGUACUUCCUCAACUUCAUCUUCCUCUUCCAGCUCCAUGGUAGACCCCUUGAGCAGUGUCCUGGAUGGCACUGACCCACUGUCUGUAUUUGCAGCAACAGCGGAUCCAGUGAUGGCCACCGCUAGUUUGGACAGUUCAAGGAAGAAACGGGACAGAGAUGAUCAUUCAACUGUGGGAGUUGAUUUUGAACCAUGGUCAAGCAAAAGGGGUGAAAUUCUUGCUAGGUACACAACAACGGAAAAGCUCUCUAUUAAUCUGUUUAUGGGAUCAGAAAAAGGUAAAACAACAUCCUCUGCAUCUGCAGUGUCCGAGAAGGUGAGGACUCGCCUGGAGGAACUGGAUGACCUUGAAGAGGGGUCCCAAAAGGAGCUGUUAAAUUUGACCCAGCAAGAUUACAUGAACCGAAUUGAAGAACUCAAUCAGUCUUUGAAGGAUGCUUGGGCCUCAGACCAAAAGGUCAAAGCCCUAAAAAUAGUCAUUCAGUGUUCAAAACUUCUCUCGGAUACAACGGUAAUCCAGUUCUACCCAAGCAAAUUUGUCUUGAUCACCGAUAUACUUGAUACAUUCGGAAAAUUAGUGUACGAACGGAUUUUGUCCAUGUGUGUGGAGAAUCGCAAUGUCUUACCAGAUCAUUUUUCUCCAGAGAAUGUAAAUGACAUAGCCAAAGAAACCUGCCUAAACUGGUUCUUCAAGAUUGCCUCCAUCAGGGAACUCAUCCCCAGAUUCUAUGUGGAAGCAGCCAUCUUGAAAUGCAACAAAUUUCUGUCCAAAAUAGGAAUUUCAGAAUGUCUCCCUCGGCUCACAUGCAUGAUAAGAGGGAUUGGCGAUCCAUUGGUUUCAGUUUAUGCCAGAGCAUAUCUGUGCAGGGUUGGGAUGGAAGUUGCUCCAAAUCUCAAAGAAAGCCUAAAUAAGAAUUUCUUUGACUUCCUUCUUACAUUUAAGCAGAUUCAUGGGGAUACAGUCCAGAAUCAACUUGUGGUCCAGGGCGUGGAAAUUCCACUGUACCUAACUUUGUAUUCUCCUGCUAUAGAUUGGAUUUUGCAGUGUGUUUCUUACCACGCUCCUGAGGUUCUACUUACGGAGAUGAUGGAGAGAUGCAGGAAACUGGGGAACAAUGCUUUGCUGUUGAAUUCCGUGAUGUCAGCAUUCAGAGCUGAAUUUAUUGCUCUGAGGUCUAUGGAUUUUAUUGGCAUGAUUAAAGAAUGUGAUGAAUCUGGAUUCCCCAAGCACCUCCUCUUUCGUUCUCUUGGAUUGAAUCUGGCUUUGGCCGACCCUCUUGAGACUGAUCGACUUCAGAUAUUAAACGAAGCCUGGAAAGUCAUCACGAAACUGAAGAAUCCGCAGGACUAUAUAAACUGUGCUGAAGUCUGGGUAGAGUAUACUUGCAGGCAUUUCACGAAACGUGAGGUUAAUACUGUUUUAGCAGAUGUCAUCAAACACAUGACUCCAGAUCGUGCAUUUGAAGAUGCAUAUCCACAGCUUCAUUCAAUAAUUAAGAAAGUCAUCGUCUACUUCCAUGAUUUUUCUGUGCUUUUCUCCGUGGAGAAGUUCCUGCCGUUUCUGGAUAUGUUCCAGAAGGAGAGUGUCCGAGUGGAGGUUUGUAAGUGCAUUAUGGAAGCUUUUAUUAAGCAUCAGCAAGAGCCCACAAAAGAUCCUGUCAUCCUGAAUGCCCUUCUGCAUGUUUGUAAGACGAUGCACGACUCUGUAAAUGCCCUCACCCUUGAGGAUGAAAAACGAAUGCUGGCAUCUCUCAUUAAUGGAUUUAUAAAAAUGGUUUCAUUUGGCCGUGAUUUUGAGCAACAGCUGAGUUUUUAUGUUGAAGCCAGGUCGAUGUUUUGCAGUUUGGAGCCUGUUCUUGUCCAACUGAUUCAUAGUGUGAACCAGCUGGCGAUGGAAACGAGAAAAGUAAUGAAGGGAAACCAUUCUAGGAAGACAGCUGCAUUUGUCCGGGCUUGUAUUGCCUUCUGCUUUAUCACCAUUCCAUCCCUGGUUGGCAUCUUCACCCGGCUCAAUCUCUACUUGCAUUCUGGUCAGGUUGCCUUGGCAAACCAGUGCCUUUCCCAAGCCGACGCAUUUUUCAAAGCUGCAGUGAGCCUUGUUCCCGAAGUCCCUAAAAUGAUAAGUAUAGAUGGAAAGAUGCGGCCCUCGGAAUCAUUCCUUCUGGAAUUCCUCUGCAACUUCUUUUCCACUUUAUUGAUAGUUCCAGAUCAUCCAGAGCAAGGUGUUCUGUUUCUUGUGCGAGGGUUGCUAAAUGUAAUCCAGGACUACACUUGGGAAGAUAACAGUGAUGACAAAAUCCGGAUUUACACCAAUGUUUUGCAUCUCCUUUCGGCAGUGGGCCAAGAGACCUACAUAUACCAUGUAGACAAAGUCGAUUCCAAUGACAAUCUCUACGGUGGAGACGCGAAAUUCCUGGCUGAAAAUAACAAACUCUGUGAGACGGUGGUCGCACAAAUCUUGGAGCACCUCAAGACUCUGGGAAAGGAUGAGACUCUGAAACGCCAGAGCGUGCUGGCUCUGUCCUUCUUCAACAGCAUCUUAGCUCACGGUGAUCUGCGGAACAAUAAGCUCAACCAACUGUCAGUUAACCUCUGGAACCUCGCUCAGAAGCAUGGCUUCGCGGACACCAAGACCAUGGUGAAGACUCUGGAAUACAUCAAAAGACGAAGCAAACAGCCAGAAAUGAGUCACUUAACCGAACUGGCCCUGAGACUUCCUCUGCAGACGAGGACCUGAGAACCUCUGCCUCUUUCUUUCCUUCACCCUGUGCCCGGAGGCCCCAGAGCGUGGAUCGUGAAGUGGGCGCUUUAUCCUGGAACCUCUUUGCAAUUCAUGGUGUUUUCCUUGUGAGCAUCCCUUAUCGUAGAACAGAUCAGUCUAGGCCUUGGCCUGUGUCCAAAUCAAUCUGAAGAUGGAGAGGAAUUUCUAAGGCAUGUUGGGACGUAAAAAUCAGGCAACUACAGACUGCAUCUGUAAGUUCCUGUUUUGCCAGUUACCUUUCACACCUACAAAUGAACCUGAUGUCGAGCCUUUAGAAGUGGUAGAAUUGAAGACUAUAAAUGUUGUAACCCUCAGUACUUCCUUUUCCCCCAAUUACCUUUUGCUUUACGGAAGGCCGAUAGUCCGCCAAGAUACAGCACUUCCCUUUCACUUUUUUUGUUUUUGGAAUCCUGGAGUGGAAUUGAUAGAAUUUAAGACUAUAAAUAAAUGUUGUAACCCUCAGUACUUCCUUUUCCCCCAAUUACCUUUUGCUUUACGGAAGGCCGAUAGUCCGCCAAGAUACAGCACUUCCCUUUCACUUUUUUUGUUUUUGGAAUCCUGGAGUGGAAUUGAUAGAAUUGAAGACUAUAAAUAAGUGUUGUAACCCUCAGUACUUCUUUUUCCCCCAAUUACCUUUUGCUUUACGGAAGGCUGAUAGUCCGCCAAGAUACAACACUUCCCUUUCACUUUUUUUGUUUUUGGAAUCCUGGCGUGGAAUUGAUAGAAUUGAAGACUAUAAAUAAGUGUCGUAACCCUCAGUACUUCCUUUCUCCCCAAUUACCUUUUGCUUUACGGAAGGCCGAUAGUCCGCCAAGAUACAGCACUUCCCUUUCACUUUUUUUGUUUUUGGAAUCCUGGAGUGGAAUUGAUAGAAUUCAAGACUAUAAAUAAAUGUUGUAACCCUCAGUACUUCCUUUUCCCCCAGUUACCUUUUGCUUUACGGAAGGCCGAUAGUCCGCCAAGAUACAGCACUUCCCUUUCACUUUUUUUGUUUUUGGAAUCCUGGAGUGGAAUUGAUAGAAUUCAAGACUAUAAAUAAAUGUUGUAACCCUCAGUACUUCCUUUUCCCCCAAUUACCUUUUGCUUUACGGAAGGCCAAUAGUCCGCCAAGAUACAGCACUUCCCUUUCACUUUUUUUGUUUUUGGAAUCCUGGAGUGGAAUUGAUAGAAUUGAAGACUAUAAACAAGUGUUGUAACCCUCAGUACUUCCUUUUCCCCCAAUUACCUUUUGCUUUACGGAAGGCCGAUAGUCCGCCAAGAUACAGCACUUCCCUUUCACUUUUUUUGUUUUUGGAAUCCUGGAGUGGAAUUGAUAGAAUUGAAGACUAUAAAUAAGUGUUGUAACGCUCAGUACUUCCUUUUCCCCCAAUUACCUUUUGCUUUACGGAAGGCCGAUAGUCCGCCAAGAUACAGCACUUCCCUUUCACUUUUUUUGUUUUUGGAAUCCUGGAGUGGAAUUGAUAGAAUUGAAGACUAUAAAUAAGCGUUGUAACCCUCAGUACUUCCUUUUCCCCCAAUUACCUUUUGCUUUAUGGAAGGCUGAUAGUCCGCCAAGAUACAGCACUUCCCUUUCACUUUUUUUGUUUUUGGAAUCGAACUAGUACAGAACCGUUAAGUCUCUCUUUCUAAAGCUUGAUGCCAUUAUACGUACCGACGGUAAAAUAAUCCAUUCGUUAGAAAGCUGCCCCUCAGAGAUUGUGAUGAUGCGGCUCUCAGAGGCCUAUUAGCAACAAUUUGUCACACAAGAGACGAGGAGGAAACGUUAGAAUGAAGCUCACUGUACCUUUAAUGAAAAGUUAUCACCGAAUAAACCCGCACUGGCUGCA